CGGGGUCGCAGAGCAUAGGCUCCGCCCUUCACCGCGAAGCGUCCGCUCUAGGCGCCCCCUUUGUGGUCUUCUCCCUGGUCCCGGCUGAGGCUGAGGCGGCGGCGGCGAUAAUUGCGGCGGGGGGAGCGGACAUAUCCAGAGCCAUCCGCCAAAAUGGUGAAUUUUACGGUGGACCAGAUCCGAGCGAUCAUGGACAAAAAGUCAAACAUCAGAAAUAUGUCCGUGAUUGCUCAUGUCGACCAUGGCAAGUCUACACUAACAGAUUCAUUGGUCUGUAAAGCAGGUAUCAUAGCUUCAGCCAGAGCUGGUGAAACACGUUUUACUGAUACACGGAAAGAUGAACAGGAAAGAUGUAUCACAAUAAAAUCUACAGCCAUUUCUCUGUACUAUGAGCUCUCAGAAAAUGAUUUGGCCUUUAUCAAGCAGUCUAAAGAUGGCUCUGGUUUCCUCAUUAAUUUAAUUGACUCCCCUGGGCAUGUGGAUUUCUCUUCUGAAGUCACAGCAGCACUUCGUGUCACUGAUGGUGCUCUUGUCGUUGUUGACUGUGUUUCAGGGGUUUGUGUGCAGACUGAGACUGUGCUUCGCCAGGCAAUUGCUGAGCGUAUCAAGCCAGUACUGAUGAUGAACAAGAUGGAUCGUGCUCUGCUGGAAUUGCAGUUAGACCGAGAAGAGCUUUACCAGACCUUCCAACGCAUAGUGGAAAAUGUCAACGUUAUCAUUUCUACUUACGGAGAAGGUGAAACCGGACCCAUGGGUAAUAUAAUGAUUGACCCAGUCAUUGGCACUGUGGGCUUUGGUUCUGGCCUGCAUGGUUGGGCAUUUACUCUGAAACAAUUUGCUGAGAUGUAUGUAGCCAAAUUUGCUGCCAAAGGUGAGAAGGCACAGCCCUCAGCUGCUGAGAGGGCCAAGAAAGUGGAAGACAUGAUGAAGAAGCUAUGGGGUGAUAAAUACUUUGAUCCAGCAAAUGGAAAAUUCAGCAAAACAGCAAACAGUGCUGAUGGGAAGAAAUUGCCACGCACAUUCUGCCAACUCAUCUUGGACCCCAUUUUUAAGGUCUUUGAUGCCAUUAUGAAUUUUAAGAAGGAAGAAGCAUCAAAGCUGAUAGAGAAACUGGACAUCAAGCUGGAUGCUGAAGAUCGAGAAAAGGAAGGGAAGCCAUUGCUCAAGGCUGUGAUGCGCCGCUGGCUGCCUGCUGGAGACGCCUUACUUCAGAUGAUCACCAUCCAUCUGCCUUCCCCUGUCACUGCACAGAAGUAUCGCUGUGAACUUCUUUAUGAAGGACCACCUGAUGAUGAAGCCGCUAUGGGUGUUAAAAACUGUGAUCCAAAAGGUCCUCUGAUGAUGUACAUCUCCAAAAUGGUCCCCACAUCUGACAAAGGACGUUUCUAUGCCUUUGGACGAGUGUUCUCUGGCGUUGUUUCUACGGGUCAAAAAGUGCGCAUAAUGGGACCAAACUAUACACCAGGAAAAAAGGAAGAUCUCUACCUGAAGCCCAUUCAGAGAACCAUCUUGAUGAUGGGUCGUUAUGUUGAGCCCAUUGAGGAUGUUCCUUGUGGCAACAUUGUUGGUCUAGUUGGUGUUGACCAGUUUUUGGUGAAGACGGGCACUAUUACCACCUUUGAACAUGCCCACAACAUGAGAGUGAUGAAAUUUAGUGUUAGCCCAGUGGUGCGUGUUGCGGUUGAAGCAAAAAACCCUGCCGACCUGCCCAAACUAGUGGAAGGUCUAAAGCGUCUCGCCAAGUCUGACCCUAUGGUCCAGUGCAUCAUUGAGGAAUCUGGGGAGCAUAUAAUUGCUGGAGCUGGUGAGCUGCAUUUGGAAAUCUGCCUCAAAGACUUAGAAGAGGAUCAUGCUUGUAUUCCCAUCAAGAAAUCUGAUCCAGUAGUAUCUUAUCGGGAGACAGUCUGUGAAGAGUCUAAUCAAAUGUGCUUGUCUAAAUCCCCCAACAAACACAACCGGCUGUAUAUGAAGGCCCGCCCUUUCCCUGAGGGCUUGGCAGAAGAUAUAGACAAAGGGGAUGUCAGCUCCCGCCAGGAGCUGAAGCAGCGUGCACGAUACCUGGCUGAGAAGUACGAGUGGGAUGUCUCCGAAGCAAGGAAGAUCUGGUGCUUCGGACCCGAUGGGACAGGCCCCAAUAUUUUGGUUGACAUCACCAAAGGCGUGCAGUAUCUCAAUGAAAUCAAAGACAGUGUGGUGGCAGGAUUCCAAUGGGCAACAAAAGAGGGCGUUUUGUGUGAGGAGAAUAUGCGGGGGGUUCGCUUUGACAUCCAUGAUGUCACUCUCCAUGCUGAUGCCAUCCAUCGAGGUGGAGGCCAAAUCAUCCCAACUGCCAGGAGGGUCUUGUAUGCCUCUGCCUUGACUGCCCAGCCCCGACUGAUGGAGCCAAUCUAUCUGGUAGAGAUUCAGUGCCCCGAACAGGUGGUUGGAGGCAUCUAUGGUGUGCUGAAUCGAAAACGUGGUCAUGUUUUUGAAGAGUCUCAAGUAGCUGGAACCCCAAUGUUUGUGGUCAAAGCAUACCUGCCUGUCAAUGAGUCUUUUGGCUUCACUGCUGACUUGAGAUCCAAUACCGGCGGUCAGGCUUUCCCACAGUGCGUUUUUGAUCACUGGCAGGUUUUGCCCGGAGACCCUUACGAUCCCAAUUCACGUCCUUGCCAAGUUGUAGCUGAAACACGCAAACGCAAAGGCUUAAAGGAAAGCAUUUCACCUCUGGACAACUUCCUAGACAAAUUGUAGCUACAGCCUCAUUGAGACGGGGGGCAUCUAUUACAGCACCCAUCUACAUUGUGGAAUUGGAUUGCUUCACCAAGCCAGAAAAGCAGCGGGAAACUGAGUAUACAAGGCUGAACAAAGGAAACCACAAACCAGCAUCUAGCAAUUAUGUCAUGUUCACAUAGUGAGAAAUAAAAAAGUAUGUGUUGUUGAACGGC